GUGGGUUCGAGCCCCACGGUGGGCGCUUGUUUUUUCACUCAUAUUUUUCCUUUUCCGUUGGGCCAUGGCGAAUCUGCCGACGACGAAGAAGUUUUGGCUUCGAAUCCUGAGACUUGUCUGCUUCCAAUCGGCCUAUUCGGCCGUCUGCUGACCCACAGGGCCACAGGUCAAACUCUAGAGGGAAGGAAAAAGGUAGCACUCCAGUUUUUUUGCUGGUGAAAACACCUCGAUGUCGUCGACCACGGCCGCAGCCGUGCGCCGGCUAUGCGCCGCCGGCGAGGUGCGGUCAGCCCUUGCGCUGUUCGCCCGUGGCUCGAAGGCGGGUGACGCGUCCCUGGACGUGGCCGCGUGCACGGCUCUCGUCCACGGCUGCUGCAGGAGCGGCGAUGCGGCAGAGGCGCGGAGGGUGUUCGACGUAAUGCCGCGCCUGGGGCUGGCCCCUAACGAGGUCACCUUCACGGCUCUGAUCCACGGCUACUUCAUCUGCGGUCACAGAGAGGAGGGUCUCGCCCUGUUCGAGGAGAUGUUGAGUCGUGGAGUCGAGCCCAAUCUCUACGCAUACAACAUCCUGAUCGGGGAGUGGUGCAGGACAGCGGAAUUCGAGCGCGCCCGACGCCUGUUCGACGAGAUGCCUGCAAAGGGCGUCGCCCGCAACGUUGUCAGCUACAACACACUCAUUGCCGGGCUGUGCAGACACGGCAAGCUGAAGGAUGCCGCCCAGCUGCUGGAAAUAAUGCGAGCGGAGGGUAUCCAUCCGACCGUCGUGACGUUCAACCUUCUCGUCGACGGGUACGGCAAAGCUGGGAAGAUGUCCAACGCUCUGCAUUUCUCCAACCAAAUGAGGGCGGCCGGAUACCAGCCCACCGCCGUGACGUACAACGCGCUUAUUGCGGGGUUCUGCCGUGCCAGAGACAUAGCCCGCGCAAACAAGGCGCUCUCCGACAUGAAGGAGCGAGGGUUGGCACCCACGAAAGUGACGUACACCAUACUGAUUGAUGCACUUGCCCGAGACAAUCACAUGGACAAAGCUCUUGAGAUGUUUGCGCAGAUGGAGCAGACUGGUUUAGAGGUGGAUGUGCACACGUACGGUGUUUUGGUGCAUGCUCUCUGCGCGGAGGGCAAGAUGAAGGAUGCCAGAAAGCUAUUCCAGUCAAUGGCGGACAAAGGUGUUAGUGCAAACAAUGUGAUCUAUGACAUGUUGAUUUAUGGCUAUGGACGAGAAGGGAGCUCUUACAAGGCUAUGAGAUUAAUCAUGGAGAUGAGAAAGAAUGGCUUGGUUCCAAAUUCUGCUAGCUAUGGCCUGACCAUCCGUAGUCUUUGCAAUGACGGGAAAGUUUCGGAAGCCGAAACUCUGAUUCAUGACAUGCGGCAUGCUGGUCUACAAACAGGUGAUUCGGUGUGCCAAGCGCUAUUGGAUGCCAAGGCAAGACAGAGAAGCUCGACUGAUGACUCUUUUCCUUAGGCGGUCAGGCAUACCACUUGUUCUCAAGUCAUACGUUGUCAUAAUAUUUCUCUUGUGAAAGAGGAAGAUGAAGCUCACCUUCGGAUGGAAUCUGAUAUGCUUUACAAACUGCAGCAAUGCUCAGUGGUUUGCUGGACAUUGCCAGAACUCCAUUAUGGGUGUAACUGUGUAAGCAAAUCCCCAGCCACAAAAUGAAGAUCCAUGUGUUCAGCACCCGCUUCGAGAUAAAGGUAAUACGUUCAUCCUCUGAGUUGGAGUGGUAGCCGGUGCCUCACAUACUUAAUUUAGUCAAAUGUUAGUGCAGGUAUGUAUCUGGUGGAUAUGUCUGAUUCUCUGAAACAUUUUUGUCAAUGUAUAGUUGAACCUGCUAUGAUUGUGUUCCGGUAUGUUCACAUAACUAAGCUUUUGAAUGUAGUGAAAUCUGCCAUGGUACUGUAUUUUUUUUGUUGACUGAUUCUUGUGUUGUAGAAUGCUUAGGUUUUUCUAGCCCUUAGUACAGGGUGUAGUUGGCCACUGGAAAGAGAAUACGAGCUUUGUAAUAUUUUACCUGAGAGUCAAAUAUUGCGCUAAUGAACAGAUACAAUGAGGAGGUUCAAAGCUCAAAGCCUUAAGUAAAUUUAAAUAUAUUCCACCAGCAUUAUACUAUUUCAGGACGAAUCUUUCUCAGUGAUUACUAAGCCUGGGAGCAACUUUUGUUCUCAUUUCUUUUUCACUUAUAGCUAUGAUAAUUUAGCAUUGAGUUCUGACUCUUACAAGUUAGAUUUCCUUAGUUAACCAUUGCGUGGCAUGUUUCAUUAAUCAUCUCAGUCCAUGUCCAUGGAAUAUUCACGACAGUGCUAUGCGAAAGUUGAUUUCUGUUGCGCUGCUUGGAACUCCUUUUCGAAAUCUGAGAACAUGAUAGAAUAGUGAAGAAUGUAAUCCAUGUAUGCUUUCGGAGAUGUCUGCUAUUGAAUAAAGUUCAAAAAAGUUAAGUCUCAUGUUUGGAUUUACACUGCCAUUGAAUUAGUAUCAUUACAAGUUUUGCUGG